ACCAUUGAUGGUCUUUUGGAUCCUUCAAUUUAAUACUCAUUAAUGCACUAUUUUGUUUUCUGAUUCUCACCCUCGUAUAAUAGUAUCUCUUCCCCACGUGGUCACGUAAAUCUUUGUAUUUGUCAAGGGUAUUCUCGUCUUUUCAUUCGUCCUCGGAUUUAUUAUGGGGCUACUCAUCUUCCAUUGCAUUCUUUCCAAGCUCCUCCACCAACAAAAACAAACAGUUUUUGUUUAGAGAGAGAAAGUGAGAAGGGAGAUACAUAGAUUAAGGUGGUGCGUAUAUACAUAGAUAAAGAGAAAGAGAAUAAACGUUGCUGUCCAUACGGUCGCCGGCGAUGGCGGCGGGGUGGGUAAAGUCGUUACAAUGCAAAGCAAGGGCUCGAGACGACGUCAUCGAAAGCCACCAUCUUCAUCUUCUUCCGGCAUCUUCAAGUUGUAGAAAGAGUUUUCAGAGUCUCAAAGACGUUGUGGAGACUACUAAACAAAAACCAAGAAAGCCGAAACCGUCGCAACCACCGCCGACAGAGCUGCCGUCCCGGAAACCUAAAAACCCCGUUUCAAGAAAACCCGAUAAUGUUACCCGUGUCCGAAGCAGUAAUGUGUCAUCCAAUCCCCGGCGACACCCACGUCCUCCUGAUUCUUAUUUUCCGGCAUUGACCGACCUGGCGGAGGGACACCCGUCGCGUAACGUGGUAGAGAUUAUAUUCCAUACGAGCUGGUCACCUAAGGUUUUUUCCGGUCGGAUUGAGAUGGUUUUCAAGGUCCAGAAUUUGGCAAGAACUGUGACCCGAUUCGAGGAGUACAGGGAGAUAGUGAAGUCCGGAUCCGGAUCAACUGAUAAUGGUGGCGGAGGCCUCAAUGGCUUCGGAGAAGACCACGCACGGUGUGUUGCAGAUGGGAAUGAGGUCAUGAGGUUUCAAUGCCUGGGAACCACCAGCGGCGGCGCGUAUGAAACCGCGGGUGGCGGACCGUGGUCGUUUCAGUGGGGAAAAGGGGCUGCGUUGUGUACGUUUUCAGGGAGCGGAGUCGCGCAUGAGCGUGCCGGUGGCGGCAGAGGGCGGAAGGCGAUGCUUGUUUGUCGGGUCAUAGCGGGUCGGGUCGGAAAGCAGUUAGAGUUUGACUCGGUUUAUAAUGGACGAGUCGGGUAUGACUCAGUGAGUGGGGAAAACGGCGAGUUGCUUGUAUUUGAUUCUCGUGCGGUGUUGCCUUGUUUUCUUAUUAUCUAUAAAUUGUAAAAAAAUGGUUUUCUACGAUUUUGUAGAAAUGACAACCAGCCCCUCCGACUUAUUAAACUUUACUAUAUUUUUCAGAUACUAAA